GCCAGAUUUCGAUCUUCAAUUUCUCUUUUGGUCCCGGCCAGCACCUUCGUUCUCUUCCUGUCCUUUCAGCGGAUCUUGGGUUCUCCUACGUGAAUUUACGCUGCCUGUCUCUGUGUCUCCCGCGCACGUCGCGCCAGACGCCCGUCCACCCAUUCACAACAAUCGGAUCAUGUCACGGGCGCGAUAAAAGGUAGCCAGCUUCAUGACGCGACAUGUCUGAAAUCACGAGCAUUAUCAAUGGAACCUUGAACGGUGCCGCCGGUGUCGCGCAAGGCCGCGAAGGCACCACGAUCCAGACACUUGCCAUCUCCUUGGCCUCCGGUUUCGUGCUCUUCGUCGUGCAAUUUGGCCUCUUUCUCAUCGUUCGCAACUAUCUGUGGGCAAAACGGAUCUAUCAGCCACGCUCCUUUCUGGUGCCGGUCAAGCAGAGGAUCAAACCGCCGCACAACAACCCGUUGAAAUGGCUUUUCACCGUCUUCAAGAUAAAGGAGGAUCCAGACGUCCUGGAGAAGGCUGGCAUGGACGCCUACUUCUUCCUGCGCUACUUGUCAAUGUGCUUGAAGAUAUUUUUCCCGCUCGCGAUCGUGGUCAUGCCCAUCUUGAUUCCGCUCAAUUCUGAAGACGGGAGGGGUACCCGGGUCAUCAACAACGUGAAAGGGACCGUCACUGGACUCGAUACCCUCGCUUGGUCCAAUGUUUCUCCGGAGAACACCAGCCGAUACUGGGCCCACUUGUGCCUAGCAGUCGUUGCCAUUGUCUGGGUUUGCCUCACGUUCUACUGGGAGUUGAAGCAUUACAUCGUAAAAAGGCUUCAGUAUCUCGGUAGCGCUGCUCACCAAUUGCGCGCUUCCAGCACAACAGUGCUCAUCACAGACAUUCCAACCGAUCUUUGCACGGAUGACGCGUUGUUGCAAAUGUACGGCGACUUUCCAGGUGGUGUUCGCCGCAUCUGGAUCAACCGUGACUUGUCGAAAGCGGAGGCAACGGACAAAGAGCGACGAAGAAUUGAAGACAUGCUUGAAAAUGCAGAGACAAACAUGCUUCGCAAGGCUAUCAAGCGUCAUCGAAAAAUUGCUAAGAAGGAUCCGCAAGUGCAUCCAGCAAGAACCCCAACACCAGGCGAAGACAAGCCGAUAGCUAGUGACACGAUGUGUCCUGAUACCGAGCCGGUCACGUCCGCGGUGUGUGCUCGCGACUUGGAAUAUGACAUCACGACUAAGGCGACCUGGACGGAGUAUCUUGAGCCGAAGCAUCGACCAACAAUGAGAAUCAUCGAAAAGACGUCUCCCUUUGUCGCACGAAUCCCGUUUUUCGGCAUCUUCUUUCGAAGCAAGGUGGAUACCAUAUAUUACUGUCGCAGAGAACUUGCUCGGUUGAAUAAAAAGCUGCAAAUAGAACUUGCCACGCCGGAAGCGCAUCCUAUCAAUCAUACCGCAUUCAUACAAUUCAACACGCAAAAAGCUGCGCAUCUCGCUUGCCAAUCUGUUGCCAAUAGCGCUCCUCGGUACAUGAAGAGGCGGAUCGUUGAGAUCAGUCCUGCAGAUAUCAACUGGGCUAGUCUGAAUAUUGGUUGGAAAUCUCGUUAUGCCCGAGUUGUGGAGUUUUUGUUGCUAUUUCUUGGGCUGCUCUUUGCCUUUGGUUUGAUCGCCUUCUUCACAGGUAUCCUUUCCCGAGCAUCGACGCUUGUUGGGUCUACGUCUUGGCUUAAGUGGAUUGGCAGCCUCCCGUCGUGGCUUAUCUCGUUCAUACAAGGUACGCUGCCGCCUUUUAUCCAGGUCGUAGUCCUUAGUGGCCCGCUGCCAAUCCUUCUACGCUCCAUGACAAACUCAGUCAAGGGGUCAUAUACGGGCCAAGAAGGCGAAAGGUCGCUGCAACUAUGGUACUUGAUCUUCCUGGUUUUCGAGCUGUUCAUCAUCCCGACUAUUUCGUCCGGCUUGACGAGUGUCGUGGAAGAACUGAUUCACCAACCAACCUCGGUACCAAACAUUCUGGCCACGAAUCUUCCAACUGCCGCCAACUACUAUUUUUCUUUUCUCAUAGUGCAGGCUCUGUCAUUGAGUGCCACUUCGCUCUUGCAAACUAUACGUCUGUUUAAUUUCUACAUAGCUGGGAGCGUCAAUACGCCUGACAGCGUCUACAACAAGCUGAGCUGGACGAAUCGGACACGCAUAGGUUCCAACAUCCCUUGGUACACUACAUUUGCCAUCAUUGGAAUCGUGUACUCUAUCAUAGCCCCGUUGAUGUUUGCAUUUGUUCUCAUCACCUUCAGCCUUUUCUGGGUGGUCAUCAAGAACAAUCUCCUCUACUGCGUUCGAACGGGCAACGUCGAUGGUGGGGCCCUAUGGUUCCCAAGUGCUAUCAAUCAGACCUUCACCGGCGUAUACUUCAUGGAGAUUUGCUUGAUAGGUUUGUUCUUCCUUGUGCGAGACACGAAUGACAACGUUGCAUGUGAUGCACAAGGCAUAAUCAUGGCGGUGGUUCUGGUCUUCACAAUCCUGUAUCAUAUCUGGCUUUCGGUUCACUUGGGAAAACUUUUCAAGUACGCGCCAGUUCAGCUCGACCUCGAGUCCAAAAGUCUUCUCAAUGACGACGAGUCCGGGAAAUCACAGGAAGAUGAGGAUACCAACACAUCCACGGCGGAGAAGCCAAACGAGGCCGGGAUCCCCUUGGAAGAUUUUAGAAAGGGCGACUCUAGUGGAGAGGAUAAAGAUGAUACAAUGCCUGACAUUGUUUCUCCUCCAAAGCGCCCAACGUUCAAGUCCACACAAUCCGGACAAUCUCGUGGCUCGCACAUGCACGCCAAACAGUUGCAGGAUGCUAAGGCGGCGAAAGGCAUCCUUGCCCGUCUCAACCGUCCUCUCGACGAGGAGUACUUGAAGCAACUUGAGAAGGUCGUGGGACACGCGGAAAAGAAGGUUGGCAACGUCCUCAUGCCGCGGCGCAAAGAUAUCGAAGCCCAGAUGAUGGACGAUCCUAUCUCGAAGAUCAUCCUGCAGCACAACGACCAGCUUGAGACAUUGGACGCCGAGGAUCGCGACAAGCUGGUUGCAGCCGCCUUCGCGCACCCUCUGCUGCGAGACUCGCAGCUGCCGUGCGUGUGGAUUCCGCAGGACGAUCUCGGCAUCAGCGACGACGAAGUGCAGAGGACAAGGGCGUUCAGCGCUGACGUCCGCAUCGAGAACAGGGGUGCAACGUUCAACCGCAAGUUGAAGGUCGUUGUCGAUCAACCGCCCCCGGACCUCGACCAAUUCGACAUGGUCAUCACGGAACUGUGAACUUUUUUCCUUUUUUUUUUUUUUCUUU